AUUUUUUCCAGGAGAAUCCGACACUCCCGAAGGCCGAAGUAAACAAUAUCAACUUAUCCAUGGCACGCUAAUCUCCAAACUCAGUCGCCAAGCAUCACAAUUAAGCAAAAUGUGCUAUAGAAGUAAAAAAGAUGGGACCUUUAUGACGGCUAAUGGGUUUUAUAAAUCUCUUUAUUACAUUUUCUUGAUCGUUGUGAUGGCUGGCUGGAUAGAGGUGGCCGCCGAUGAAGAAAAGCGAAUUCCCACCACCUUGGAUGGCCCUUUCAAGCCUGUGACGAGGAGGUUCGACCCUUCUUUGCGCCAAGGCAGUGAUGACUUGCCCAUGGAACAUCCCAGGCUCCAGAGGAAUGUAACCUCCAUGUUUCCUGAGCAGGUCGCUCUUGCAUUAUCCACCCCUACUUCUAUGUGGGUCUCUUGGGUCACUGGGGAAUCUCAGAUUGGAUUGAAUGUGACGCCACUAGAUCCAGCAAAAGUAAGAAGCGAGGUGUUUUAUGGAAAAUCAGGUGGGGCCUACACAAAGACUAAAACUGGGGUUUCAAUGGUUUACAGUCAGUUGUAUCCAUUUGAAGGUCUAUGGAAUUACACUUCUGGCAUUAUUCAUCAUGUUAAAAUCGAUGAUCUUGAGCCUGAGACAAAGUAUUACUACAAGUGUGGAGAUAGUGUUUUAGGCGCAAUGAGUGAGGAGUUUGUAUUUGAGACCUUGCCUUUGCCUGCACCUCACAAGUAUCCUCGUCGAAUAGCUGUGAUUGGAGAUUUAGGCCUCACAAGUAAUUCAACUACAACCAUUGAUCAUCUCAUCACGAAUGAUCCUUCAAUGGUAUUGAUGGUUGGGGACAUGACAUAUGCAAAUCAGUACAUUACAACCGGUGGAAAAGCGGCCUCUUGCUAUUCAUGUCAGUUUCCUGAUUCGCCCAUCAGGGAGACCUAUCAACCUCGUUGGGAUGGAUGGGGAAGGUUUAUGGAACCAUUGACCUCAAGAGUUCCAAUGAUGGUCAUAGAAGGCAACCAUGAGAUUGAACCCCAAGCAGAAGCAGUAACAUUUAGGUCAUAUUUGACAAGAUUUUCUGUCCCUUCAAAUGAAUCGGGAUCUAUGAGUAACUUCUACUACUCAUUUAAUGCUGGUGGUGUACAUUUCAUAAUGCUUGGGGCCUAUGUUGACUACAACAGAACUGGUGCUCAGUAUAGUUGGCUAAUAGAAGACUUGAAGAAAUUAGAUCGCAGCAUAACUCCAUGGCUUGUUGCUGCAUGGCAUCCUCCUUGGUAUAACAGCUACUCAUCACACUAUCAGGAAUUUGAGUGCAUGAGGCUAGAAAUGGAACAAGUCUUGUAUCACUAUGGAGUUGACAUUGUCUUUUCCGGACAUGUUCAUGCAUAUGAGCGGAUGAACCAUGUGUACAAUUAUACUCUGGAUCCUUGCGGGCCAGUCUACAUAACAGUGGGGGAUGGUGGUAACAUUGAGAAGGUUGAUGUUGAUUUUGCAGAUGACUACGGGAAAUGUCCAUCUGGUGGUGAUAAUAGACCAGAAUUUGGAGGUGUAUGUCACAUGAACUUCUCAUCCGGCCCUGCCAAAGGAAAAUUUUGCUGGGACAGACAACCCGAAUGGAGUGCAUAUAGAGAGAGCAGUUUCGGACAUGGAAUACUUGAGGUUGUAAAUUCCAGUCACGCACUAUGGACUUGGCAUAGGAAUCAGGAUGUUUACAAGAACAACGCUCACGGUGAUCAGAUAUACAUUGCAAGGAAGCCUCAGGGUUGCUCCAUAUCUUCUGACUUCUGAGUGGUUGCUACCCAGUGCCUGCCUAGAUGAAUCCGGUUGGAGUGGUUGCUUACUUGCUUUGCUAGACGGUAGUUUGGCUGUCCGGUAUCCACUGAUUCCAGUAUUCCACUCGCAGGAAGCAGCCACACAGGACAGAAAUAACACACUUACACUGUGACACAAUGAAAGAAUGAAAGAUUGAAUAACAUCAGAAGUAUGAAGAAAAUCGGAGAAGCUGAAAUCAGGGGAAUCGCAAAUUCGCAAGAGGUAUUCAUAGCUAUGGAAUAAAAGAUUAUAGAAGAUAUUUAGCAUAAAAAUCCUUACGGUAAAAAUAAUAAAUUGAUUUAAUUUCAUACCUUUCCGACGCUUUCAUAGUCGCUUGAAUCGCAGUCUUCUCCUAGAAACACGGCUUUGUCCCUUCGAUUCUCCAUGCGUUCAAGACUUCAAGUACCGAAGACCCAGUAACUCGAAUAAUAUAGAAACUGCCGCUUCGAUUCUUUGCAGGGCUGGUUAAUGCUAGGAUGAGUUGCAUCGGGCUGUCUAUUUUAAAAUUUUUAAUUUUACUCUUUACUCAUGGGCCUAGGUAUACUACUAGGGUUAAAAAAUUUGGGGCCCUCCAAAGUUGGAGGCCCUGUGCAGCUGCUCCAGUUGCACCUGGACUGGGCCGGACCUGACAGUAAAGUCAAAUUUCUUUCCUUAUUUUGUGUGAAGUCAAAGUGUGAAGAUUAAAUAAAACCGGAGGGAGUAUAUAUCAAGCAAAUAAGUCAUGAAACGUUAUAUAAUACGUAGUACGUAGUAUAUUAAUUAUAUUUCUCUUACGUUUAGUGAGUAUAUCACACCCAAACAUAUGCAACUUAUUUUGUAAUCCCGCGUUCUUUAAUAAUUGAAGCAAUUCUAAUAUUAUACUCUUCAAUUGGCAUAAUAUACCACAAAUUAGUUGCUUUAAUGGGAAAGUGACAAAGUUUUUUGGGACAACCAAAAAUGGAAAGUUGGCAAAGUUCAAUGGGACGGAGGGAGUAUUAUUUGGUGCAAUCUUUUUAGAAUUGCCUCUAAAAGCUUGCUCCAAAAGCAUGGUUGCCCCUAAAAGUUAUUAUUUGGAGCAACCUUUUCAGGGAUGCCUCUAAAAACUUGUUGCAAAAUUAUAAUCACCCCUAAAACAUUUACUUCAAAACAACAUAUCAAUUAUCACUACAAGAAAAUUGAUUUUUUGCGACAAACAAUUUGCGACAGAUUAAACAAAUUUGCGAAAAUGAUGUGUUUUCUUGAAGCUAGCUUUUGGAACUAAGUUGUUAAAUCAUAAUGUUUUAGUAACUCUCUAGUUCCUUACAAAUUUUUCAUGGGGAUAGUGUAGAUUAGAUUAAACAAGUUAUUUAAAUAGGUACUAGUUACUAUAUAUAUUCAGUUAUUUAAAGAAAAUUUAGUUUGAUAUCUUGUGCAAUACUUUAAGGGAUGCGUUGCUUUUGUGAGUUAUUUAUAAUAAACUUUAGUUUAUAUUAACAUGUAUAAAGUAUAUGAAAUUUGACAUAAAAUAUAAUAAUUGCCCCAAAAUGCAUGUUGUCUAAUUAGUUUUAUUUCAAAGAAGUGUAUAGUAAUGCCUCCAAUAACAUUUUGAGUCAUUAAAUAAGGAUGCCUCUAAUAACUUUUUGACACAACAUAAUAUGGUUGCCUCUAAUGAUAUUUUGAGGCAGAAGAGUAUGGUUGUUUCUAAAGGUACAUUUUUUGAAGCAAAAAAUUAUUGCCUCUAAAUUGCCACGGACUAUUGCCUCUAAAGUGCCAAGGACUUUUUGCCUCUAAUGAAGCAAAAAAUGGUUGUUUAGUCCAUCAUUUUGUGAUGGACUUUUUGUUGGCAACCACUAAAUUGCCUCCAAAGAGCAUUAGAGACUACUUUGUUAUAUUUAGAGGCAAUUAUGGUGUGCCUCUACAAAUCAGUUUUUGUGUAGUGUAAUUUGACAGAUAAUUUACAUACAUGACGAACUUGCUGAUUUUAUUUCCAUCAUUUGCAAUGGAGCUAAAGAUUCAUUAUUUUUUGGCUUGAAAAUAUGAUGGAAUAAAGCAAAAUGACUCACUAAACUGUCUGCACGCGCUUUUUUGUUAUGAAGCAACAGUCAGUCCAUGCAAUUUUGGACGCGAUUUUCACUAUGGGUCAUCCAGAAACAGUCUCUCUGUGCUUUAGUACAGGGGUAAGACUGCGUACAUCCGACCCCCUUACCCCACCGUAAGUGGGAGCCUUUGCGGCACUGGCGUAAAUGAUAAUGAAAAUGAAACCAACUUGUUGAUUUUGAAUCCUUGAAAGCUGAAACCGGAUUUAGAAGUUAAAUUAGGGUAGGGACCCCGGACUCUGCUUUUCUAUAUCCACCACUGCGUUGAAGGCAAUAUAAAAUUGUUCGAUGGCCAAACACCAUAACUCAAAAUGAUAUUAAUAAAACUAAAAAAUGCAUUGAUAUAAUGGCACAAAAAUAUAAAAUCAUUUACAUAACACUACGUACAGAAAUAUAUAAUAAAUGGACUAUAAUUAAUUUAUACGUCAUACUUCAGUGCGAUGCACGAAAUAUUAAUACAUUUAUAUUAUUGAUCAUGUUGUAUGAUAAAAAACACCAAUGAAUAUAAACUGCAUGAAUAAGUGAUAUGAUAAAAAUAGAAAUAUUGACAUUUGUUGUUAUAAUAAAUAAAAUGACACUACUUUCAUCUUUUUUCAUUUGAAGUUCAUCAUAUCGUUGACGUUUAUCAGUACACGACUUUGAUCAUUAAUAUAUUUAAUUAGCUAUUAGUAAAAUAAAUUACAUAUUCAAAUUUUACUUGAGACAAAUUAUAUAAUUAUAUUUUAUUACAUCAUUUUAAUUAAUGUAUUAUUAAUAAAAUGUACUCAAAGUAUAUUAUGCCAAUUGAAGAGUAUAAUAUUAGAAUUGCUUCAAUUAUUAAAGAACGCGGGAUUACAAAAUAAGUUGCAUAUGUUUGGGUGUGAUAUACUCACUAAACGUAAGAGAAAUAUAAUUAAUAUACUACGUACUACGUAUUAUAUAACGUUUCAUGACUUAUUUGCUUGAUAUAUACUCCCUCCGGUUUUAUUUAAUCUUCACACUUUGACUUCACACAAAAUAAGGAAAGAAAUUUGACUUUACUGUCAGGUCCGGCCCAGUCCAGGUGCAACUGGAGCAGCUGCACAGGGCCUCCAACUUUGGAGGGCCCCAAAUUUUUUAACCCUAGUAGUAUACCUAGGCCCAUGAGUAAAGAGUAAAAUUAAAAAUUUUAAAAUAGACAGCCCGAUGCAACUCAUCCUAGCAUUAACCAGCCCUGCAAAGAAUCGAAGCGGCAGUUUCUAUAUUAUUCGAGUUACUGGGUCUUCGGUACUUGAAGUCUUGAACGCAUGGAGAAUCGAAGGGACAAAGCCGUGUUUCUAGGAGAAGACUGCGAUUCAAGCGGCUAUUGAUAUGCACUAAUUAGUAGUGCAUAAGUGUAUGUUUUUUAUGUUUGAUUUGUGUGUAUUGUUUAUCGUUUUAUUUAGUUUGUAAACAUUUAUGUGAUUUUAGUUGUAAUUGUAUUUUAAUCUUCAUUUGUAAGUUGGAAAGUAGAAUUAGUAUUUAUGGUGUUGGAAAGGAAGAGUUUGAAGUGAAGAAAAAGGUGAUAAGUGUGCCCAGGAGCACAAACCCGGUCGGGUUAGACCAUGCACCCGGUCGGGUCUGAUGUAAAAUCCGAAACUGCCUGGAAAAUCAUCAGACCCGGUCGGGUCCCCUACUUGACCCGGUCGGGUCAGACUUGACCCGGGACACCAGAACGUGCCGAAGAUCGCCAGAACAUGGAGGAUAUCUGAUUUUGACCGGACCCGGUCGGGUAAGCACCUAACCCGGUCGGGUACCCGGCCCAAGGUGUUGAAAAACACCUAUAAAUAACCCCAUUUUCCUUCACAAAGAAUAAUCCCUUCUUCCAUACUCUUAAGCUCAGUUUAGAAUAGUAUUUCUUUUAUAUUUUUUAGCAUGUUUAGUCUCCAAAUGAGGAGCUAAACUUCCAUUUCUUGGUAUUGCUCUUGAAGCUUGUUGAUUAUUAAAGUUGUGAGUUAUUUUCUUAACUUCUUUUCCUUGAAUAUUAAUUCUUCCUUUAAAUACUAUUUCUAUAUCAAUGUUGGGGAGUGUUGCUAAGAUGACAAUUAGUUAACAUCUUGACAUUGGUUUUAGUAAUAGCUAUUCCUUCCUCUAUGUUAAUAUCGGGGAGUGUUACUAAGAUGACAAUUAGUUAACAUCUUGAUAUUUAACUAUAGUAGGAUUCAUUCCCUUUUAAUAUUCUUCCUUGAGUAUUAAUUAAUUCCUAUUCAUAUUUCAUAUUAAUAUUUCGAACAUUACUUAAAGGAUCAACUAGUUUUGUUUCAUAUAUUAAUUACUACUAGAAAUGAUCAACGAACCGAUGGUUAAUCGUUGAUAGUUUCACAAGUAAGUAACUUCGGUUUAUUAAUGCACGGUCGUGGUUAAUAGACUUAAGAGGGAUUAAUUUUGUUGGUUAAACCGAAACCGUUGUGUUAAGGUUAUCAAUCUCAAUUGAUUUCAUCAAGGAGUUAAAAGAUUAAAUGCUACUAUCAAGUCGGUAUAUGGCGUUGUUCUAUACUUGACUAAUAGUAAGGGUUAUUAAUGAACGGUCGUUGUUAAUAACUAUCCUCGAUGAAUUGGAUAUACUCCUCGAUUGAGUAUUCGAGAGGAGAUAAGUUAUAGGUAUAACAAUGAUCGACUAAAAUAUAUCAACAAGUGGAAAGUAGCAAUACCAAGUCAAUUUUAUCUUUGAAUUAAAUCCCAUAUAAAUCGUUCAUCUUCGUGUUUAAAUUUAAUUAAAUCACUCAACAAUCAAAACCCCCCCCUUUACUUACUAUUUAUAUAAAAAGAAAAUUAUUCCUUUCCCUGUGGAUACGAACUCUACUUCACCUAUACUACGUAUAAGUGUUAGUGUUGAAUUUAUUUUGAGUGCACUCACGACAAAGUGCACGUCAAAUUUGGCGCCGUUGCCGGGGAAAGGCAAUUAUUUUUCUUUUUAUUUUAUCUCAUAAAAAUCAAAAACAAAAAAAAAUAAAAAUAAAAAUUAUAAAAAAAAAAUCUUACUCUUCUAUUUUCUGAGCUUACAUGAGUUAUGAGAAUAUGGAUACCAAUAUAACAUCCUUAGAGAGUCAAAUUUCCACUUUGACUUCUCUAAUAAAGGAAUUUAUAUUAAACUCAAAAGCUCAAGAUGUCGAGACAUGCAACAUUUGCAUGUCUCACAGGCAUCUUACGGAUUUUUGCCCGAAGCUCCAAGAAGAAUACUUCGAACGAAUCGAUGAUGAUGUUGGUUUCCAAGGGAAGGAACCUCACAUGAGGUAUGACCCGUUCUCGACCUCUAACAUGUCCACGGAAGACAUUAUUUUGACUCUUGCUACCAACAUGACCACCAUGCAACAAAACAUUGUGGAAUUCCAAAAUGAGACCAAGUCUAGCAUUCUAAACUUGGAAACUCAAAUGAGUCAAAUAGUUGAAGCUGUGAAUAGACUUGAAGCAAGAGAUUCGGGGAAACUUCCCUCUCAAAUAGAAUGUGAUCCUAAACAGCAAACUUUUGCAAUCACAUCGACAAAUGAGAAGGCAAUGCAAAAGGAGAUCCAGAAUGCAGAAGAAGUAGAGGAGGAAAAAGACACGGAGCUCCAACUGGUCAAUGAAGAGGAUAAGCUGAGCUUCAAAUUCAAAUUUUUGUCAUUGUCAUCUUUUGAGGUAUCUCCAUCAUCUCUGGAAGCUUUAAGAGAAUCUCGUAAACUUGAAAUGGAAAAUGACAUUUCUGAAAUCUCCUUCAAAAUUGAGGGAUCGAAAAACUUUUCAUUGACCAUACUACAUGAUAAUUUCUUCCCCUUCCUCCCACCACAUAAAUCAAUGAAAAUCUGGAUAUUUGAUCCUGGAAAGAUUUCCAAAGUGGAGAGUCGAGAAAUUGAGCACUCCUAUGGAGGUCCUAGGAGUGAAAAUUUGAAGAAAAUUAAUUAUCAUGAUCCAAGCUUGAACGAUUGAACACAAUGAUGGCGUCGUGCCGCGACGUUAAACGAGGCGCUUCUUGGGAGGCAACCCAUGUAAGGUACGUUUACUUUUUGUUCUAGUUUAAGUUUACACUUCAAAAAAAAAAAAAAAAAAAGUGAAGCCUGGGGAACAUACCCGGCCGGGUACCACACUACACCUGGUCGGGUAUAGCGUAAAAAUACCCUACCCGCACAACUCGCCCGGGCGAGGCAGCUGAGGAACAGAGAAAAAUAGACACACCCAACCGGGUAGACCCCUAUACCCGGUCGGGCAACCCUGCAAAAAAAAACUCUCUGCCUCGGGUUAACAGUUUACGCCCGACCGGGUCAGUCACUAUACCCGGCCGGGCGGUCGGGAAAAAUCCCGAUCAGGAGGCGGGCGGGCAGCUUUCUUCCUCACUUUCUUUUCCCCAUUCGAACCAAACCCCAAAUUUCCUCCAUUUCCAAGAGUCCAAAUCUUCAUAUCUCCUACAUCCAUCCACCAAAUGCAUCAAGUAAACCCAAUUCAUUCAUCUCCUCUUCACCCUCUUCAUCUCCACACCCACAAAUCACCAACAAAACCUCCCACAAGUACCCAAAAAAAAAAACGCAAUCAUCUCAUACACAAGCACUAGGGACAGUGCUUUGAUUAGCUUGGGGGGAGAGUUUUAUGGAAUACUCACAUUCAUACUCUUUAUUCUUGUUUAAAAAAAAAAAAAAACUUGUUAAGUUGAAAACCUGAAAGGGCAACUUAAGCAAAAAUAAAGAAAAAAUAAGAGUGAGUUGUGAGGAUUGAAACAGAAAAAUGUGGGAAGCUGGGAUGAAAACCCGAAAGGGCACCUAGGCAAAAUGAAAGAAUGAGAGAAAGUAUUUUCUUUUCUGCAGGAUCCUAAGGGUAACGAAAAAAAAAAAUGAGGUUGAUAAGAAAUAUGGAGUUGAAGACCCCUCUUUACUCUUAUAUUUUUGGGGAUAUUUUUUUGGUUUACUCGAGACGAGUAAAGGUUCAAGUGUGGGGGUGUUUGAUAUGCACUAAUUAGUAGUGCAUAAGUGUAUGUUUUUUAUGUUUGAUUUGUGUGUAUUGUUUAUCGUUUUAUUUAGUUUGUAAACAUUUAUGUGAUUUUAGUUGUAAUUGUAUUUUAAUCUUCAUUUGUAAGUUGGAAAGUAGAAUUAGUAUUUAUGGUGUUGGAAAGGAAGAGUUUGAAGUGAAGAAAAAGGUGAUAAGUGUGCCCAGGAGCACAAACCCGGUCGGGUUAGACCAUGCACCCGGUCGGGUCUGAUGUAAAAUCCGAAACUGCCUGGAAAAUCAUCAGACCCGGUCGGGUCCCCUACUUGACCCGGUCGGGUCAGACUUGACCCGGGACACCAGAACAUGGAGGAUAUCUGAUUUUGACCGGACCCGGUCGGGUAAGCACCUAACCCGGUCGGGUACCCGGCCCAAGGUGUUGAAAAACACCUAUAAAUAACCCCAUUUUCCUUCACAAAGAAUAAUCCCUUCUUCCAUACUCUUAAGCUCAGUUUAGAAUAGUAUUUCUUUUAUAUUUUUUAGCAUGUUUAGUCUCCAAAUGAGGAGCUAAACUUCCAUUUCUUGGUAUUGCUCUUGAAGCUUGUUGAUUAUUAAAGUUGUGAGUUAUUUUCUUAACUUCUUUUCCUUGAAUAUUAAUUCUUCCUUUAAAUACUAUUUCUAUAUCAAUGUUGGGGAGUGUUGCUAAGAUGACAAUUAGUUAACAUCUUGACAUUGGUUUUAGUAAUAGCUAUUCCUUCCUCUAUGUUAAUAUCGGGGAGUGUUACUAAGAUGACAAUUAGUUAACAUCUUGAUAUUUAACUAUAGUAGGAUUCAUUCCCUUUUAAUAUUCUUCCUUGAGUAUUAAUUAAUUCCUAUUCAUAUUUCAUAUUAAUAUUUCGAACAUUACUUAAAGGAUCAACUAGUUUUGUUUCAUAUAUUAAUUACUACUAGAAAUGAUCAACGAACCGAUGGUUAAUCGUUGAUAGUUUCACAAGUAAGUAACUUCGGUUUAUUAAUGCACGGUCGUGGUUAAUAGACUUAAGAGGGAUUAAUUUUGUUGGUUAAACCGAAACCGUUGUGUUAAGGUUAUCAAUCUCAAUUGAUUUCAUCAAGGAGUUAAAAGAUUAAAUGCUACUAUCAAGUCGGUAUAUGGCGUUGUUCUAUACUUGACUAAUAGUAAGGGUUAUUAAUGAACGGUCGUUGUUAAUAACUAUCCUCGAUGAAUUGGAUAUACUCCUCGAUUGAGUAUUCGAGAGGAGAUAAGUUAUAGGUAUAACAAUGAUCGACUAAAAUAUAUCAACAAGUGGAAAGUAGCAAUACCAAGUCAAUUUUAUCUUUGAAUUAAAUCCCAUAUAAAUCGUUCAUCUUCGUGUUUAAAUUUAAUUAAAUCACUCAACAAUCAAAACCCCCCCCCUUUACUUACUAUUUAUAUAAAAAGAAAAUUAUUCCUUUCCCUGUGGAUACGAACUCUACUUCACCUAUACUACGUAUAAGUGUUAGUGUUGAAUUUAUUUUGAGUGCACUCACGACAAAGUGCACGUCAGCUAUGAAAGCGUCGGAAAGGUAUGAAAUUAAAUCAAUUUAUUAUUUUUACCGUAAGGAUUUUUAUGCUAAAUAUCUUCUAUAAUCUUUUAUUCCAUAGCUAUGAAUACCUCUUGCGAAUUUGCGAUUCCCCUGAUUUCAGCUUCUCCGAUUUUCUUCAUACUUCUGAUGUUAUUCAAUCUUUCAUUCUUUCAUUGUGUCACAGUGUAAGUGUGUUAUUUCUGUCCUGUGUGGCUGCUUCCUGCGAGUGGAAUACUGGAAUCAGUGGAUACCGGACAGCCAAACUACCGUCUAGCAAAGCAAGUAAGCAACCACUCCAACCGGAUUCAUCUAGGCAGGCACUGGGUAGCAACCACUGUAUAAGAAGAAUUGCAUUUGAGGCCUUCCAUUAGUCAAUGCCGGGCCUGUUUACUGUAGAGUACACUGUUGAGGCACUGUUUGACACUGUUGAGACACUGUUGAGACACUGUUUGGCACUGUGGAGACACUGUUUGGCACUGUUUGACACUGUUUUGAUGUAGAUUUCUUUGCCAAAAAAGAAAAUAAGGAAGUGUGAAGUUUAUUUUAGACCGUCCCAAAAAGAAAAGUGUGAAGUUUAUUAAAAACUGGAGGGAGUAUAUUUUCAAAAAAGUAUUUGGUUGAUACAUAUUGUCAAACUGAAUAAUAAUUUGUUUUAGUAAAUAUAAUAGAUAGUAUCAAUGGAAGGAUAAAAUAUAGUGUGAUGUUAAUCACCCUUCGUCG